AUGGCUUGGCUAACCAAACAACAAUACGGUUUGCUGGCUUGGUUGUUUUUGCUUGAAAAACGACAUACAGCUAAGGUGUUGAAUGACCUGGAACAUCAGGAAGCUUACCAGUGUAUGAACCAUAUAGUUAAAGGCAAUCAUAAGACUUUGCUGAUCAAAGAAGUUCGAGAUGACAUUCCUCAAUUCACACAUAGAAUAUUUGCUGAGUACUUUGCGGCUUGCUGGUUAAAUGAAAACAAGAAUCGUAUGAAGAACGAGAGCUUUUUCUUUUCGUGGUCAUAUUGGAAUAAUGAAUCAAGAAAAAUGCGUGACAUCUUCAAUCGAGUAAUUCUUAGAGAAAGCAAAGGAUGUGAUCUACACAUGGCUGUUAUAAAUCAAUCGCCAGAUUUGGUACGCGAGCUACUGUCGAAUAAUCAAUCAGCUGCAAUGGCAAAAGAUACCGUAGGUCGAAUGCCGCUUCACUUGGCAGCUUCGUAUCCAUUAGCUGAAAUAGAAAAUGUGUUGCUCAAUAAGAUGUCCGUUCAGUCUAUUAACACAAAAGAUCAUCUGUUGGGAUGGAGUGCCACCGACUACGCAUUUGCCAGUCGAUACAGAAAAAAAAUUAAAAUGUUACUAUCGACUGGAGCGACAGUCAACGAACAAAUAUUGUUUGCACAGAUAAUUUCUAAUAAUAUGCGUCAUACUUUGACAGGCAUAGGAUUUUAUGUGGAAUAUCUUCAGUUUAAUGAAAGCUCCAGAACAAUUUCAAAUCGUCUUUCUAUAAGAGUUGCAGAUUAUAUACUUAAUACACAGCGUGUUGACAUCUUCUCUAGUCUCGAGGUAUUGGAUUCGAAAACAGUUCUUGAGUUUUGCUUAGCUGAAGAUUUCCUAGAAAUAUUCAAACAAUUUGUAUUUCAAAUCAACGAUCGUUCCAGAAUUUUUCAACAAGAAACCAAUCAUUUGUUUGAACUGGCAUUGGAGAAUGAUGCUCAUGAUAUAAUUGUUUAUUUUAUCGAAGAUUAUAACAUUCCUUUACCUCACAUGGAUAAUAUGGUCGGUCUUAUUUCUGCUCUCAAAUAUACGAUACAAAAAAAUAAGUUUACUUCAUUCAAAGCAAUCUUUCAUCAUCUCUGCAUCGAACAAAACAUACUGAUGAAUGAGGAAACUGAUAUUCCUGACGGCUAUUGUAUUGCAAGCAUGCCAUCAUUGGACGAGGAUCUUUCUCCUGAGAUAUGCUGCGUACUUUCCUGUAAUAAUGUUCGGUUACCGUUGCCUGAAUAUGAUGAAAAAGACAUCCUUUAUAAUGGAUAUGUGCUCGAAGCUCUUUUGGCUUAUUCAGUUCACGAGGGAAAUGUCCGCAUGCUCAGAUACAUUCAUCUCAAGACCAAAAUGGCCAUCACCAACAGACUCAUCGCAAUGAUCAUGAGAUUACUUCCGAAAGGUAAAGAUGUAUGUCAUAAGAAGUCGAUGCCUGCAUUUCUGUAUCUUCUCGACAAUUCCACCGAUCUGGACGGUGUGGACGAUGAGGGUCGAAAUUUGCUUCAUAUGACUGCUCAAAAUGGCUGUUUCUUCAUGAUGCAUUGUUUGAUUGUACGAGGAUUCCACCCAGCUACAGUAAACGCCGCAAAUAGCUGGAAUGUGUUUCACUAUGUUGCGUUCAAUGAGGAAGGGAAUCGUUCGAAUAAAAUCUUGGAAUAUUUGUUGAAAUGUUGCAACAUGAUUUGGUUCGAUCUGUUAGAUAACAUGCUACAUUGGAAUGACCGUGAGAUAGCUGACAGCUUCUCCAUCAAUCUGAAUGUAACUCAAGAUACAACAAAUAUGGCUUGGCUAACCAAACAACAAUACGGUUUGCUGGCUUGGUUGUUUUUGCUUGACAAACGACAUACAGCUAAGGUGUUGAAUGACCUGGAACAUCAGGAAGCUUACCAGUGUAUGAACCAUAUAGUUAAAGGCAAUCAUAAGACUUUGUUGAUCAAAGAAGUUCGAGAUGACAUUCCUCAAUUCACACAUAGAAUAUUUGCUGAGUACUUUGCGGCUUGCUGGUUAAAUGAAAACAAGAAUCGUAUGAAGAACGAGAGCUUUUUCUUUUCGUGGUCAUAUUGGAAUAAUGAAUCAAGAAAAAUGCGUGACAUCUUCAAUCGAGUAAUUCUUAGAGAAAGCAAAGGAUGUGAUCUACACAUGGCUGUUAUAAAUCAAUCGCCAGAUCUGGUACGCGAGCUACUGUCGAAUAAUCAAUCAGCUGCAAUGGCAAAAGAUACCGUAGGUCGAAUGCCGCUUCACUUGGCAGUUACGUACCAAUCACUGAAUAUAGUAAACUUGUUGCUCAAAAAAAUGUCCAUUCAGUACAUUAACACAAAAGAUCACCUAUUGGGAUGGAGUGUCACAGACUACGCAUUCGCCAGUCGAUACAGAAAAAAAAUUAAAAUGUUACUAUCGACUGGAGCGACAGUCAACGAACAAAUAUUGUUUGCACAGAUAAUUUCUAAUAAUAUGCGUCGUAUCUUGACAAGCAUAGGAUUUUAUGUGGAAUAUCUUCAGAUUAAUGAAUGCUCCAGAACAAUUUCAAAUCGUCUUCUCAUAAGAGUUGCAGAUUAUAUACUUAACACACAGCGUGUUGACAUCUUCUCUAGUCUCGAGGUAUUGGAUUCGAAAACAGUUCUUGAGUUUUGCUUAGCUGAAGAUUUCCUACUCCGGACUACCCGAUUCAGAUUCCGUGUUCGGAAUCAAUUCCAGAGCCGAUUCCGAUGCUGGAAUCGAUUCCGAUUCCGCAGUCGAUUUCGGAGUCGAUUCCGGAAUCGAUUCCGGAGCCGAUUCCGGAGCCAAUUCCGGAGACGAUUCCGGAGCCGAUUCCAGAGUUGACUCCGAAGCCGAUUCCAGAGUUGACUCCGGAUCCGAUUCCCGAGUCAGCUCUGGAAUCGAUUCCGCGAUCAGACUCGGCUCCGGAAUCGGAAUUGACCUGGGAAUUGCAAUUUGUCCCGAUAACGGAAUCAUAAUUGAGUCCAUAAUUAGAAUUAGCUCUGGAAUGUGAAUUAGUUCUUGAAUUGAUAAAAAGAAGUUUUAGAUGCGA